GCAUGGCAUUUGCUAAACCAGCCAACUUGGAAAAAGAACGAAAGAAGAGUAGUUGGACUGAGAUUAUUUUUCCACAAAGAGGAAAAGUCGCCUUCCAUUGCUUCAGACGCACCAAAAAAAAUAAGAGACAAAGAGUCGGCUACGAUUGUUGUAGGACGGAGAAUUAACAUCGCGGCUUGAGUGGUCGGUCGUCUCGUCAGAUACGAAAACCAAAGGGAAGAAAAGCAUGGCUGUGCAGUUCAAUGGCAGCAGCUGUCUUGUGGCGAAAUCAAUCUCACCUGCGCUAUCGCCGCCAUUGCCGCCUGGGUUUCGUAAGUUGACCGGCGGUAAGUUUGGUGGUUUCGGCAAGGUGCGGCUAGUGUAUGCAGUUGGCGCUGGAGCAGGGAGCAGCAGCAAUGAUGGAAGCAUCAAGAAGAAGAACGUACCUAAUUCCAAUUAUGUGGUGCCUCUCGACAAAUCAUUUUCUUUCUCCCAAUCUUCUUGUAUAACUCGGCCACUCGCCGAGAUCUUACGUGAUCUGAACAAGAGGAUCCCGGACAACAUAAUCAAGCCUUCCCAACCUUCAACAUCCAUUCCAUGGUACCACGCCAACCGCAUGUUAAGCUUCUAUGCCCCAGGAUGGUGCGGAGAAAUAAGGGAUGUUAUAUUCUCAGACAAUGGUAGUGUUACUGUGGUUUACCGUGUUACCAUACGCGGAUCCGACGGAGAGGCACACCGCGAGUCAAGUGGCACAGUGUCACCGAUCGAUGGCGACAUUGCUGAUCCUGUAGCAGCAGCUGAAGAAAUAGCUUUCUGCAGAGCGUGUGCUAGGUUUGGACUUGGCUUGUAUCUAUACCAUGAAGAAUAGAGAGUAGCCCCGCCAGGCCAUGUGAUAGAUGAGGGUGUGAUGUAUGUCUGAGUCCUUUAUUAUUACUAUAUUGUACACAUUACUGAUCUCUCGGGACUCAGCCAGCCAACAAACGUAAAUAACUUGAAAGAAAUGGUCACCUUUCAAAUGUUCAUUGAUAUGUUCCAGUCCAUUGUGCCUGAUUUUAGUACAAGGGCUGGCCACAAGGAAACUUGUAGUUAAAUGAACCAUGGAAAGCAGCAUGAUUGUACACCAAUAAAUAAGCACAAAGGAAACAGUGGUUGAUGAGAUGGGAGGAU